AUGGCAUUCCUCUUACCGAAUAUAUGUCGGUGCGUAUGUUUGAGAAAUCGCAGCGGAAUUAAUGUAAUACAAACUGCGUCAUAUCAUGCAAAUGUAAUUGACCAUUAUGAAAAUCCGAGAAAUGUUGGUUCUAUGGAUAAAAAGGACAAGAAUGUGGGCACAGGUUUAGUCGGUGCUCCCGCUUGUGGUGAUGUUAUGAAGUUACAAAUAAAAGUUGAUGAAAAUGGGAAAAUAGUUGAUGCAAAAUUUAAGACCUUUGGAUGUGGUUCUGCAAUUGCUUCAAGUUCGUUGGCCACUGAAUGGGUAAAAGGAAAGACAGUGGAUGAAGCCUUGAAGCUGAAAAAUACUGAGAUAGCUAAGGAGUUGUCUCUGCCCCCUGUUAAGUUGCAUUGCUCUAUGUUAGCAGAGGAUGCCAUCAAAGCAGCUCUAUCAGAUUAUAGAAUCAAACAACAAAACCCUGAGAAGUAA